CGCGCCCCAUAAUAAAUUACCCGACCCAUACCGACCUGCCACGGGACGGGAAUGGGUAUCGAGAUACCCGCUUCGGACCUGCCUCAUUGCCGUUGCUACUCAAGUUAUUUUUUAAAUGAAUAAAUAAUAGCAAAAGGUUAUACUUUUCAAAUACAAGUACUUAUUUGCAAAGGGAUAAAGUAGAGAGACUAGAAUAGCUAAGAGAAGAUUUGACAGAAAAAAAAAAAACAAAAAGGUGCACCCUUUCUUCUUCCACGUACUAAUUUGGGAGGAAGAAAGUCCAGUCAUGACUCAGCACUCGAGAGACGCCCCUAUAGCAACGCCGCUUGAUUACAGUCGCCCGUACCCGAUCACGAAAAUGGCACUCACCCAUUUGUCCACUCCGCUCAACAUUCAAAACCCACAUCAUUGCUAGCUUCUUCUCCACCCUUUCUGUCUUCUCUCACCGGAUACUAUUCGCUUUCAACGGCUGUCCUUCCCUGCACCAUUUCUGUCCUAGCCGGAAUUCCCCAUUUUUGCUGGUGAGUUUCUAAGAUUCGCUCAUCCCCACCAAGUGUUCGCUCAUAUUCCCCACUGGGUUUAACAAGUUGGCUUUGUGGUGCUCGCUGUCAAAGCUGUGGGGGAAAGAUGCCAAGAUAGCUAGCUCCCUCUUCAUCAUUGUUUAGAAAUGAUCUCUUAAAUCUUGUACUCAUUUUCUAGGUUGUUUCAAUGUUCCUAUCUUUUACCUUCUCUGGCAGGCACGAGAUUUAAACCGUUUGAGUUACAUUCUUCCCUUGGUUUGGUUGUGCAGCGAUGGAUUCCACUUGUGUUUCGUUGAAGGCUGCCAAUGCUGCGGGUAAUGGAAUCACCAGAGGGGGGUCCUUGUUCUGGGGAGAGAAUGUGAAGGGAAGCAUGAAGAGCAGGGAUUUGAGAGGUCAGCCAUGGAAGAGUGCGAGGCUCAACAGCCGGAGUUGUAAAUUGACAAGGCCUGGAGUUAUCAACUCUGUUCUUACGCCUGAUCUUGAUCAAGCAACUGCGGCACUUGACACGCUGAUGUUUGGAACGAAAGCCGAUCCGAAGAACGUUGUUUCAAUCAUAUUGGGUGGAGGAGCUGGGACACGCUUGUUUCCUCUGACUAGCAGAAGAGCUAAGCCUGCGGUACCAAUCGGAGGGUGUUAUAGGCUUAUUGAUGUUCCAAUGAGCAACUGCAUCAAUAGCGGUAUAAAGAAGAUAUUCGUCUUAACGCAGUUCAAUUCCUUCUCACUUAAUCGUCACUUAGCCCGUGCGUAUAACCUUGGUAAUGGUGUUAACUUUGGAGAAGGAUUUGUGGAGGUUCUUGCUGCUACCCAGACGUCUGGAGAAACAGGAAAGAGGUGGUUCCAAGGAACUGCUGAUGCUGUGAGGCAGUUCAUCUGGGUCUUUGAGGAUGCCAAGAACAAAAAUGUGGAACAUGUAAUAAUCUUGUCUGGUGACCAUCUCUACCGCAUGGACUACAUGGAUUUUGUUCAGAGACAUGUUGAUACGAAUGCUGAUAUCACAGUUUCUUGUGUGCCCAUGGAUGACAGCCGAGCGUCAGAUUAUGGACUGAUGAAGAUCGAUAACACAGGUCGAAUUGUCCAAUUCUCUGAGAAACCUAAAGGCCCUGGACUUAAAGCAAUGCAAGUCGAUACAACUAUCCUCGGCCUAUCGAAAGAUGAAGCCAAGACAUACCCUUACAUAGCAUCAAUGGGUGUUUAUGUGUUCAGAACUGAUGUCUUGCUGGAGCUUCUGAACACUAGCUAUGCCUCAUGCAAUGAUUUUGGCUCUGAAAUCAUCCCAUCUGCUGUCAAGGAUCACAAUGUUCAGGCUUAUCUGUUCAACGACUACUGGGAAGACAUUGGUACGAUAAAAUCCUUCUUUGAUGCCAAUCUAGCCCUCACUGAACAGCCUCCGAAGUUUGGGUUUUAUGAUUCUAAGACACCAUUCUACACAUCACCGAGAUUCUUGCCCCCUACUAAAGUUGAUGAAUGCAGGAUUGUCAAUGCCAUAAUCUCUCAUGGCUGCUUCUUAAGAGAGUGCAGCGUGGAACACUCGAUAGUUGGUAUUCGUUCUCGUCUGGAGACUGGUGUCGAGCUACUGGAUACUAUGAUGAUGGGAGCUGAUUAUUACCAAACAGAAGCUGAAAUCGCAUCUGCACUAGCACGUGGAAACGUCCCUAUUGGAGUUGGACCAAACAGCAAAAUCAAGAACUGCAUAAUCGACAAGAAUGCCAGAAUUGGAGGAGAUGUAGUCAUCGCAAACACCGACGGUGUUGAGGAAGCAGAAAGACCAGAUGAAGGGUUCUAUAUACGGUCAGGGAUCACAGUCAUCCUGAAGAACGCGACGAUCAGAGACGAAACCAUCAUUUAGGUUCAAAAGCUUUUGUAUUUCCUAGCUUCAGCAGCAUUAGAAUAAUAAUAGCAGGAGUUAACAGUAGAUUUCAUGUAGAGAAAACAUCCUCCGAGCCCCGAGGUAUGAAAAGAAAUAGUAGUAGUGGCCGGCUGAAAGAACUUCCCCGUUGUCAACAAUCAUCAUCAUCAUAUAAAUAAAUACAAUCAAUCUUCUUGUUUCACUACAUUGCUGUCGAGGCAUAUUAGUGGUGACACCUAGUGUGGUUUAACUGCAUCGCACCACAAUUGGAUCGAACCGUACUGCAACUAGGUCCAACUUGAUUCUGUUCUGGCUCUGGCCUCUGGUGCAGUUCUUAUCCUCGGAUCAAGACAAGAGAGGUAAUGUAAUGGUGUCAACGUAAGUUGCACAACUCAAGAUCCUCCAAAUCAAAUCCCAAUCUGAAAGAGCCCCGCUUCUAGGAAUUCUAGGAACUGAUCUUCGGCACUCGCAACUACUCGUGACGAUUAGGGAUUUAGGGUGAGAUUAGGAAUUAGGGAUUUAGAUGAGAAUUGGGGAUUGAAGAACAUAAUUGGGGUUGAGAUAGAAGAAUGACUGACGGCCUUUAGGGAAGAGAGGGACGAGAUUAGAGACUAGGGUUUGAAGGAUACUUUCUGUAAUAUUAUUCUUGACUGAUUAUGACGUAAACCCAAAGUACAUAUUUAUAGGAAAUAAACCCAAAACCUAAUAAACUAAUCCUAACCUAAUCGGCCUACCCUAGCCGCCCAACCCUGCUAAUAAGCCUAACAUUAUUAUUAUAUAUAUAUCUAACACAAUCUUAAAAGUUGGUCAUAUCCUUUGGUGACGAUAGUCCAAGCUUCAGAGUUCUCCUUACACCUAACAUCAAAUCUGUCCAACCAACUUUAGAUAUUAGCUGCUGAGUUUUAGUUUGUUUGUCCAUGUGAAUUUUGGGGUUGGAAAAUCCAACCAACCAAAGUCAUCACGAAUCAACUAAAACAAAGAGUUUGAGGUAAGGUAAGGUAAGGUAAGAGUCUGUUUGCUGGAUGAGGAAUUAUAAUGGAUCAAUUUGAUUAGAUUGUCUCGUUUUAAAGGAUCCAACCGAAAAAGACCACGUAAUGACGAGUUGGUAACUCCAUUUUAUUUUAAUUCUUAAAUUCAAACUCAUUUUGAUUUUAUCAGAUCUCAUUCAGUGCAAAGUAACAUUCGAGCCAAAUUAAAAUCAUAAGGAACUAAUUUAGGAAAGAAAAUCACAUACCAGUUAGAUAAGAUUUUGUUGAACAAAUAGUAGUAUUCAUGCACCUCGCGUAUCAGCACUCGAAUGAUACGUUUGUAAAGCCACCAGUGAAGAAGACCUGUAAGGAAAAACCAAGAACGGAAAAUUGGAAGGGAUGACUCAUCUCAAACCCCACAUUCCCAAACAAAAGGGAAAACGUCUCCUCCCAACUCCCAAGUCCAACAAAAGGCAAAUCUUUAU